CGUGCGCCCGGGGCGGCGGGGCUGCGGGCUGCGGCGGAAUGGGCGCGCUCCGGGCCGGCGCCCUCGCCUUCCUCCUCCUCCUCCUCGGCUGCCUCCUGCCCCGACGCGGCCCGCUCAGGCUGGUCUCAGGGCGGGAAGAGAUUAAAGCUGCUUCAAGGAGCUUGCCCCAGCCCAUGUCCCCCUCUGAUUUCCUGGAUAAGCUUAUGGGACGGACAUCAGGCUAUGACGCCCGGAUUCGACCCAACUUUAAAGGUCCUCCUGUCAACGUGACGUGCAACAUCUUCAUCAACAGCUUUGGCUCCGUCACCGAGACCACCAUGGACUACCGGGUGAACGUCUUCCUACGGCAGCAGUGGAAUGACCCCCGUCUGGCUUACCAUGAGUACCCUGAUGACUCCCUUGACCUUGAUCCCUCCAUGCUUGACUCCAUCUGGAAGCCAGACUUGUUCUUUGCCAAUGAGAAAGGGGCCAAUUUCCACGAGGUCACCACUGACAACAAGCUGCUGCGCAUCUUCAAGAACGGCAAUGUGCUCUACAGCAUUAGGCUGACAUUGAUCCUGUCCUGCCCUAUGGACCUCAAGAACUUCCCCAUGGACAUCCAGACAUGCACCAUGCAGCUGGAGAGCUUUGGCUACACCAUGAAUGACCUCAUCUUUGAGUGGCUAGAGGAGCAAGAGGCUGUACAGGUGGCAGAGGGCUUGACACUCCCACAGUUCAUCCUCAGAGAUGAGAAGGACCUGGGCUAUUGCACCAAGUACUACAAUACAGGCAAGUUCACCUGCAUCGAAGUGAAGUUCCAUCUGGAGAGGCAGAUGGGUUAUUACCUGAUUCAGAUGUACAUACCCAGCCUGCUGAUUGUCAUCCUCUCCUGGGUCUCCUUCUGGAUCAACAUGGAUGCAGCACCAGCCCGAGUGGGCUUGGGCAUCACCACUGUGCUCACCAUGACGACACAGAGUGCUGGCUCCCGUGCCUCCCUGCCCAAGGUCUCCUACGUGAAGGCCAUCGACAUCUGGAUGGCUGUGUGCCUGCUCUUCGUCUUCGCCGCCUUGCUGGAGUACGCAGCUGUUAACUUUGUCUCCCGCCAGCACAAGGAGUUCAUGCGCCUGCGCCGGCGCCAGCGGCGGCAGAGGAUGGGCCUGAGCAGCGGGAGGGCCAGCCUGGAGUCCCUGCGGCAGGCGAGCGGCCGGCACGGCGGCGAGCACACCUACGCGACGCUCUGCAGCUCCCGGGAGGAAGAGCUUGCCCGAGAGAGUCGCUUCUACUUGCGAGGCUACAGUCUGGGCCACUGCCUGCAGCCAAAGGAUGGGGCUGGAGAAGGCCCUGGCAUCACCAGCCCCAUGCCAGCCAGCACGCUGCUGCGGGAGGGAGAGAGCCUCCACAGGCGCUACAUCAACCGGGCCAAGCGCAUCGACACCAUCUCCAGAGCCAUCUUCCCCUUCACCUUCCUGGUCUUCAACAUCUUCUACUGGGUCGUCUACAAAGUGCUGCGCUCAGAGGACAUCCACUCAAUGCCCUGAGGACUGGAAAAGUAUGACUGCCUCCCAGUCUGACCCCUCCAAGUGCACCCUGGCACCACAGCUCAGCCAGAACCACGUUGUCCUCUGGCCUGGUGCAGUGGCACAGCUGGGGGAGAGGGCUUUGGAGCCUGGGCAUGUGGCAGCCCCCCACAUCCCUUUGGAUGCUGGAGCACCAAGGGAGGUGGGGGAUUAGCAACCCUAAGUUCCCAUGGUCAGCUGGAGAGACCCUUCCUUCCUCCUGCAUGGUGUCACCCCCAAUUACCCAGGGAUGCUGUGCUGCCAGGGAAGCCCCAAGUACGCAGGGAUGCUGCACUACCGUGGCACAAGGGAGCCCCCAGUACUUCGGGGUGCUGCAAAGGUGGUGGCCAGGGAGCACCACCUUCCAGCCAAACCCUCUUCACCCCUCUGCAUCUUCCACCUCAGGCUACUGCUUCCCCAGGAUGGCUGCAUCACUGAGGUGUAGACCACAAGCAGCUAGGCAGGAGGCUGCAAUCCUCUCUCCUUCCCUGGCCUAGAGCUCAGUUGCAAAGAGCAGCAGGUAGCACCCUUGCCUGCACCCAGGCAGUGGGGAGUGCUGGCUGUGACCCCAUAGCCCCCAGCCUGGGAACAGACAGGGCCUCUUCAGCCCCCAGCCAGCUCCAAUGCACAGCAACGCAGCAGGUCAGGGAAGCUUCCCUCCCUGCACAGACCAGACCUGCUCGUGCUGUCUCCAGUACUGUGGCAAGGACACUGAGCAGGAGGCUCCAUCUCCUCUGGGGAAACACCAGCCCUGAGGCAGGCAGCAGGUGAGCCCAAAUCCACUGAUGGUCAAGGGGUGCAGAUGGCCAUUGCAGCUGCAGAUGGGAGCUGCUUGGCACUGGGGACUGGCACUGGCACUACCUGUAGGCUAGGGCCCACAGCUCAUCUUCAAAGGGAGAUUUUUUGGGAUGGAAGUAGUGAGGGCAGCUUGGCCAAUCGUUUUGGAGGAGUGAUGGCAUCCCCAGAUGCUGCAUUACCACAGUACCAGCAAAGAGACAUUGUACCAGCACAGUACCAGCAAAGCUCCAUUCUGUAGCUUUUUCUCCACCCCAGCCCCAGGCAUGGUGCCCCUCACUGCUCCUCCACCAGGCAAAAGAGCAUCCAAAAUCUCAACAGGACAAGCUCAGCAAGGCUUCCAGCUCUCCAGACCUGGAUAUGCUCUGUGCUUAGCAGGAAAUAAAAGCUGUAGGAGAUGCUUAUGUAGGUCCUACAGAGAGAAAUGUGUUAAUGCUCUCUUUUCUCUCUGCUCACAGCCAGCCCAAAGGGUUCCCAGGCCAGUGGGGUCUGUGUCCUCGUGACUCUGGGUGCAGAAGGGGGCCCAGGGUCUUCCAGGCAGGGCAGGAAGGAAAUGGGAUCUACCCCUUUCCUUGGAGGCUGCGGUGUCACUAUGGCAUGGUGAGAGCCCGAGUGACCCACUUGGCAUUGUAAAAGGGAACCCUGCAGGACAGGGGCACAUGGGUGGGAGGCUGGCACUGCCUGCUGAAGACAUAUCCAGGCAGAAACUCACACCAUAGCCCUUGGCCGUGCUCCUCAGGCUGGCAUCACCCACUCCCUCACAAGACUCAGCAGAAGCAAAGCCCUGCACCCCCCUGCCCAACACCACAAACCCUGCAGAACGCUCAGCUGCAUGCACCACUUCACAAACGGGGCAGGGGGAGAUCCAGCCUCAUGUCAUGCCCAGGACCCACCAGGACAGGCUGAGCCAGCUCCAUCCCACUGCCAUGCAUGCCUUCCCCACUGCAGAGGGUCCCCACGGGGCUCCACCAUUCAUCCAGGCCUGGCUUCUGAGACUUCAGCUUGAGAGCCCCCAUUUGGAGGCAAAGGAAGGGGUGCACCUCUUCUCCAUGGCUUGCCUGGCAUCUGUGUCCCCCAGGUGGCACCGAACAGGGAGGUGCCAGCACCUGGGCAUCAUUGGUAGGUGCUGAGUGGCCAAGCCACCCUCCAACAGCGAUGGGUUUUUAAACAGCAUCAAUCUUCCUACACAAAUAAAGCUUUUCUUGGGUUUUCA